AGUAUAAUAGAGAGAGAGAGAGAGACUGUGAGAUUUGAGAUUAGAUCAACAGAGAGAUUUGAGAUUUGAGAUAGUGAGGAACAAAGAAGAGAAGAUGCAGUACAAGAAUUUGGGGAAGUCGGGUUUGAAGGUGAGCACGCUCUCGUUCGGGGCGUGGGUUACGUUUGGGAACCAGCUCGAUGUGAAAGAAGCCAAAUCGAUUCUUCAGUGUUGUCGUGAUCAUGGAGUCAAUUUCUUCGACAACGCAGAGGUUUACGCUAACGGUCGUGCUGAGGAGAUUAUGGGUCAGGCGAUUCGUGAGCUUGGUUGGCGUCGAUCUGACAUCGUCGUCUCCACCAAGAUCUUCUGGGGUGGUCCUGGUCCUAACGACAAGGGUUUGUCCAGGAAGCAUAUCGUUGAAGGAACUAAAGCUUCUCUCAAACGACUCGAUAUGGACUACGUCGAUGUCCUCUAUUGCCACAGGCCGGAUGCUUCAACUCCUAUCGAAGAGACGGUGAGGGCGAUGAACUACGUGAUUGAUAAGGGUUGGGCAUUCUACUGGGGUACUAGUGAAUGGUCAGCUCAGCAAAUUACAGAGGCAUGGGGAGCUGCAGACCGUUUGGAUUUGGUCGGUCCAAUCGUCGAACAGCCAGAGUACAACAUGUUCGCUAGGCACAAAGUUGAGUCAGAGUUUCUUCCUCUUUACACCAAUCAUGGCAUAGGUCUCACCACUUGGAGCCCACUUGCAUCGGGUGUCCUCACUGGUAAAUACAACAAGGGAGCUAUUCCCUCAGACAGCAGAUUUGCAUUGGAGAACUACAAAAAUCUUGCCAAUAGAUCCCUUGUGGAUGAUGUGCUGAAGAAAGUUAGCGGUCUCAAACCGAUCGCAGAUGAGCUAGGAGUAACCUUAGCACAGCUUGCGAUUGCAUGGUGUGCGUCAAAUCCUAAUGUGUCAUCCGUUAUCACCGGUGCCACAAGGGAGUCACAGAUACAAGAAAACAUGAAAGCUGUUGAGGUUAUCCCAUUGCUGACACCUUCUGUUUUGGACAAGAUAGAGCAAGUGAUACAGAGCAAACCAAAACGUCCUGAAUCGUAUCGGUAAAACCAAAAACCCGAGAUCGCUCAUCCCUCCCUAUUCGAUCAGUUUCAGAAGAGUGUUACACCGGGGGGGAAAAAACACUCGAAGAAGCGUUGUAAUGUGUGUUGUUUGAUGUUGGCUUUGUUUGUUCUCUUUGGUAGCUUGUGCAAUUUAAAAGACUCAGAGAGAGAGAGAGAGAGAGAGAGAGAAAGAGAGAGUAAUAAUGUGAAUUUUAGUUUUGUUGUUUUAUUUUUUAUAAACGGUCUUUAUAUGGUUAGUGAAACUUAAAGUUUGGUUCUUGUA